UGCUGAUCCGCCGAGCAAACAAACAACCAAGCCUCUCGGAAGCUCUCGCUCGCCGCUUUUCCAUUCCGAGGGCGACUUCAAUCGAUCGCCAGCACUCGUCUGUUCGCUGGAAGGAAGUUCGGAGCUUCAGAGCCGCUGGGAGGCAGGCGGGAAGGGUAAAGAGGACUUGAUCACCCCGAUUUGGCAGACCUAUCCAGAGCUAGAAUUGUUGGAUGCUGGGGGAACCAGUUCAAUUUCCUAUGGAUAAGCUUACAGACAUCAAUUCUUCCUGUUUUUAGGGCAUUUUAUGGUAUUUGAAGAAAGCCUGCAGGGAUAAGCUUCUUCUCAGUUGUCAAGCAAUUAUCAUAUGAAUCACUACAGGUACCACAGAGAAAUGGCUAUAUGGAUUUGGAUAUUAAGCAUUCUGAGCUACUCUUGCAUUUCUUGUGCAUUAAGGUCUAAGAAAUGGGAUAUGUACCAGAGUAAGACAGAACUCAGUCACCUAACAGUGAACUACGAUACGGGAACAGUCUAUUUAGGAGCAGUAAAUGCCUUGCAUCAACUCACAAAAGACUUGAAGCCCUCAAUAGAUGAUGUAUCUACUGGGCCACAUCUGGAUAACAAAAAGUGCACACCUCCUAUUGAAGAAAGCCAGUGCUCUGACAAACAAAUGACAGACAAUUACAACAAAUUACUGUUGGUGGACGUGCAAGAGAAAAGAAUGGUAGUUUGUGGGAGUCUGUUUAGAGGCAUAUGCUCCAUAAGAGAGCUUGAGAAUAUUUCAAACAGAACUUACUAUGAGACUGGCAGUGGAGAAAAAUCAUUUGUUGCAAGUAAUGAUGAGAAUGUAACCACUGUGGGGCUGAUCACCUCUUUGAAAAAAGGCCGGAUGAUGUUUGUGGGGAAGGGAAAUGGGGGAAACGACAAUGGUGUAAUCAUCAGUACGCGACAGCUUUUUAAUGGAGAUGGGAGAGAGAUUUUUGAAUUGUAUGCAGACCCUGCUGCUAUUAAAUCAGCUUAUCCUUACUCGAGCUCACAACAGUUCCUGUAUAUCUUUGAAGACAAUGAAUUUGUUUAUUUUAUUUUCAAUCAGAAUGAGAGGCAGGCCACUAUAAAUAGGACGCUAAUUGGGCGACUCUGCAAAGAAGAUGAACAUUAUCAUUCCUAUUUUGAAAUGGACUUGGAGUGUAAAGAUGACACAGGCCCUUUUAACCAAAGCAAUGCAAUCUAUGCUUCUGUCUAUGGAGAACACCCAGUGCAUACUAUAGUAUCAUCAGGGCAAGCUUUUGAUGCCUCCUCACAGGACAAGCUGCUCAUCGGCCUCUUCAGGAGAAUGGAAAAAGACUCCUUGGUGUCUGCCAUGUGUAUGUUUAAUUUGAGUGAUAUCAAUAAAAAAAUGGAAGAAAACAGGGAGAAAUGUUACACAAAGGAUGAACGUAAUGUAUUUUACAAACCAUUCAGAACUGAAAAUGCCCCAUGCAAAACUACAUCACACCAGAAUUCAAGUGUAACUUUUCCAUGUGGCUCUGAACAUUUACCAUAUCCUUUGGGAAGCAAAGAAGGAAUUUCUGCAGAACCUGUGCUCAAAAAGGAAGGGAUAAAUUUAACAGCAGUUACCUUUGCUGUGGAAAAUGAGAAGACUGUAGUAUUCGUUGGAACAUCAGAUGGCAGAAUUCUGAAGGUAGCUUUGUCAAAUCCUGCAAAGGAGUACGCUAGCAUUCUUAUUGAAAAAAACAAACCUAUCAAAAAGGAUCUUGUUCUUGAUGCUUUCCAUGAGAACUUGUAUGUGAUGACUACAGAUAAGGUAUUUCGCUUGCCUGUCCAAGAAUGUGUUAGUUACUCAACCUGUAACCUGUGCAUCCAAGCCCGGGAUCCUUACUGUGGUUGGUGUGUAACAGAAGGAAAAUGCACAAGGAAAAAGGACUGUGUAAGAUCAGCUAGGGAAAAUAAUUGGCUAUGGAGUCCUAAUGGCGUUUGUUUGAGUAUUACAAGCGCUAACCCUCAGAAUAUGAGCCGGAAAGUUCUCAGCAAGGUAGAAUUGACUAUAAGCCCUUUGCCGGACUUAAAUGAAGAUGACCAGCUUUGGUGUCAGUUUGGUGAAAUGAGGCAACAGGCAGAAAAAGAAGGUGAUGCUGUUAUUUGCCAACCUCCAAAUGAAAUUCCUCCAAAAACCAAAGGACAAGACUCUGUCCUGGUUCUGCUAAAUCUGACCUUUGGAGAUAAUAUAUUUUUUGCAUCGGGUACAUACCCUUUUUAUGACUGUGAAGAAGCUAUAAAUCGUAUUGAAAAUGAGCCGUGCUAUUCCUGUGCAAGCAGUAGAUGGAAUUGCCAGUGGGACUGGAAGAAUCAUGUUUGUGAAGAUGCUUCUCUAGAGCAAGAUGUGAUUAAACAGAAUAUGGAAGAAGAAUGUCCACACUUUCUAAAUCCCAGUCCUGAAAUAAUGCCAGUGGAGGUCCCAACAAAAGUAUAUUUUGAAGGAAAGAAUCUAGAUAAUUAUCAGGAUAGCACUUUCAAAAUUGGAAAUAAUCAGUUUGGAUUUGAGACCACUGUGGAACAAACAGAAGAUGGAAGAUAUUUCUUUCAAAGCUCAGAGAUUACCAGUAUUGAAAAUGAAACUCUACCAUUGAGUUUAUACAUUAAAACGGAUAAAGAUAAAAUAGAUAGCAAGUUAAUUGGUAAGUAUAUA